CUAUGAGGUAACAAUGGAAAGGGAAGGUCUCUGGGAGUCAACCGUAGGGGAAACCUGGGAACCUGACAGUUGGGUACAAGGGCAAGAAAAAACCCAGGCUAAACAGCCGGACCAAGUGGCAGUUUCCCAUAAGGAUGCCCUCACUGAGAGGAAGGUACACAGAGAUAUUGAAUUUGAAAGAUGUUUCAGUCAGGGUUCAAUUCUUGAUACACAACAAAGUAUUCCUAUGGGGGAAAGUCCCUGUAAUUGGAACUCUUACAGAAAAGACACUAAACAAAAUUCUGAAUUAAUUGAAACUCAAAGACUGUUUGUAGCAGAGAAAAUAUAUGAAUGUAAUGAGUGUGGGAAAGCCUUUGCCCAGAGCUCCUCCCUUCUUAAGCACCAAAGGAUUCAUACUGGGGAGAAACCUUUUAAGUGUAAUAUAUGUGGGAAACACUUCAUUGAACGCUCCUCCCUUACCAUACAUCAAAGAAUUCAUACUGGUGAGAAACCUUAUAAAUGUAACGAAUGUGGGAAAACCUUCAGUCAGAGCAUGAAUCUUACUGUUCAUCAAAGAACUCAUACCGGAGAGCGGCCCUAUCAGUGUAAAGAAUGUGGAAAAGCUUUCCACAAGAAUUCAUCCCUUAUUCAACAUGAAAGAAUUCAUACUGGAGAGAAACCCUACAAAUGUAAUGAAUGUGGGAAAGCUUUUACCCAAAGCAUGAAUCUUACAGUUCAUCAAAGAACUCAUACAGGAGAAAAACCCUAUGAAUGUAAUGAAUGUGGAAAAGCCUUUAGUCAAAGUAUGCAUCUUAUUGUACAUCAGAGAAGCCACACUGGAGAAAAACCCUAUGAGUGUAAUGAAUGUGGAAAGGCCUUUAGUAAGAGCUCAACUCUUACCCUACAUCAGCGAAAUCACACUGGAGAAAAACCCUACAAAUGUAACAAAUGUGGGAAAUCCUUUAGCCAAAGUACAUACCUUAUAGAACAUCAGAGACUUCAUUCUGGAGUAAAACCUUUUGAAUGUAAUCAGUGUGGAAAAGCUUUCAGUAAGAAUUCAUCUCUUACCCAACAUCGAAGAAUUCAUACUGGAGAAAAACCUUAUGAAUGUAUAGUAUGUGGAAAACAUUUCACUGGGCGAUCAUCCCUUACUGUACACCAGGUUAUUCACACUGGAGAAAAACCUUAUGAAUGCAAUGAAUGUGGAAAGGCCUUCAGCCAGAGUGCAUACCUUAUUGAGCAUCAACGAAUUCACACUGGUGAGAAACCUUAUGAAUGUGGCCAGUGUGGAAAAGCCUUCAUUAAGAAUUCAUCCCUUAUAGUGCACCAGAGGACUCAUACAGGAGAGAAACCCUAUCAGUGUAAUGAAUGUGGAAAAGCUUUCAGUCGGAGCACAAACCUUACACGACAUCAAAGAACUCAUACAUAAGGAAAGUUUUCUUUGGUCUUCUCACCAUGUUUAACUCUUUGGUGAUAACCAGAUAAAUAAUACAAUAUAGAAACAAUAAAUGUAGCAAUUAUAGGAAUCUUUUAGUUGAAGUACAGUAUACCAGGCCAGAUAAUACAGACCACUGUAGAGAAACCAUAUAAAAGUGGCAAAAUCUUGACUAAAAAAGUAAAGCUUCAUUUUAGGAGGUUUAAGUAGCUGAUGUUCUGAACAGUAAAAUUUCAUGCUAAAGAUAAGUUCUAUUAUCUGUGGAUUCUCCUUUGGACAUCAGAAAUCACACAGGAGAGGAAAUAUGAGAGUGACUAACUGGACAUCCCAGAGACCUGGUAUGUUGUCCUGAUCUGCCCCUAACUUGGACAAGUCACCUACCUUCACCAGGUCAGUUUCCCUUGUUUGGUAAAAAGGAUUUUUAUUUUAGAAGGACUGCACAAUCCCUAGUAGCUCUAGAAUGCUACAAACCUAUAAAUAGAAUGAGUGCUGGGAA